CGAUGAAGAUGUCACCUCGGCUCCACUUGCUGGCGCUGGUGGUGGCGGCGGCGGUGGCGACGUCAGCGGGCGCGACCCAGACCACGACGCAGACCGAAAGCAGCAACAGCAGAAGGUCCUCGAGCCUCGUGCAGGAGAAGACGGCCCUCACGCCCGACACAGAGGCCCUGGUGGAGAUCCCGAUGUGCUGCAGCGUCGACCAGGUCUUCAGCAUGUCCGAGAUGAGCUGUGAGCCCGCGAGAACCAAGCCUGUGGUGGCGUUCCAUCAUGAGGACGGCAGCCCAAUGGAGUACCAAUUUGCCUACAACGUCACUGUAGGCUUCCCCAACUGUACCUUCUACAGUCUUCAGCCUACCAUUAAUCCGUCUGACGAGUUCUUGUUGCUGCCAGAUGGUCGGCUCCUGGUGUCGGCGGGAGACACGAACAAGCUGGACAAGGACAAGUUCUGCCUCCUGGCCACCGAGUAUGAGAUGGAGGCGAUCGUGUGCUUUCCAGAAACUGUAAGAACUUCGCCCGAAGCGACCUUCCACCACGUCGUGUACCAGACGCUGUACCCGAUUGGCAUGAUCAUCUCCUCCAUCUUCCUGGCGCUGACGCUGUUCGUGUACUGUCUGGUGGUCGAACUCAGGGACCUCCUCGGCCGCUGUCUCAUGUGCGCCGUGGCCUCGCUCUGCCUGGCCCAGAUAUCGACGGUGGUGGUGCAGUUGGCCACACACAAGCUGUCCAUGACGGAGUGUAUCUUCACCGCCGUGAUGAUGCACUUCUGGUACAUGGCUGCCUUCUUCUGGCUCAACGUCAUCUGCUUCAAUGUUUUCCUCACCGUCUGGUGGAAGAACGACGCCUCCUUCGGCCGCCGCUGGUUCAUCAUGUACUCCAUCUACGCCUGGGGCUUCGCGAUCCUCAUCACCGCCCUCGCCCUCGCCAGGGACUUCCACGACGGCCUGCAGGAUUCGCCGCUCCCGAAGCCCAACUUUGGGAUGGCCAAGUGCUGGUUUUCAGACGACGACUCCCUCAUCGUUUACUUCUACGGUCCCACGUCCGUCGUUUUGGGCAUCAACGUCAUCAUCUUCUGCAUGUCGGCUUAUAAGCUGUGCACGUUCAACAAGAACUCAGAGGCUAGGAUGUUCCAGUUCACCCUCUACCUGAAGCUGUUCGUCCUGAUGGGAGUCACGUGGGUGUUCGAGGGCAUCUCCUUCUUCGUGCAGCGCCACAACGAGGCUUCCAAUACCAAGUACAUCUGGCUGGUGUUCGACCUGAUCAACAUCAUGCAGGGCGUCAUCAUCUUCAUCGUGUUCGUGUGCCGCCGCGCCGUGUUGAUCCGCGUGUGCGAGGUGGUAUGCGGGAAGACCUUCGCCAUGAAGAGGUUCCCGGCCUACUACGAGAACGCCGAGGAGGACCCUGGCAACCACGAGAUGAAACACACCGUCAUCUGAGCGGCCCCGGCGGCGAGCGAGGCGCAGAGUGGCUGAGGUGUGUGCGUCCGUGCAGCGGUGCACGCACUCGACUGCCACUUAGCUUUCUCACGAGGAAGUCGAUGUUCGAACACGUAAAGUUCCGACAGAGUGGAAGAGGAACGGCCGGAGUCGCGGUUUCGAAAGGAAAGCCGACGUCCUCUUAAGACGUGGCUGCUGAAACCGUAUGCGCUGAGUCGCGUCUGAAGGCUGUACAGUCACGGACAAAAGUCGUGUCGUGAAUGAAGCUUCGAAGCCCACUUAGCUUAACCAACAAGGGUCACAUCACGGGUGUUCGAGACGGAAUUCGAAACAUACUUGACAGGAGUUCUGGCCGUGACUGUGCCAAAUGAUUCACAAAAUCGUUACUGAAAAGUAAACAUUAUUCAUGGAUUUCUGUGUAAGUAAUUGCCUUCCUGCUCUUUUAAAUGGACUAGGAGCUUGCCAGGCAGAUGGCUAUAGGCCAACACUCAUUUCCGUAGCGAUACCGAUUAAACCUCGGGAUGAAUUAAGGAAUUCCAAUCGUAACGAAAUAGAAAUACAGAUAUUGAUUAUACCCCUGUGUAAUGGCCUACAAAUUAUGUUGUUUCCCAAAUCUAAUGUUCUAUUCAAACCAAAGCAUAUCGGCUGUAUGAGGUCACAAUUUCCAUUCAGCAACAAGCACCACAAAAUGCUGUCAGCCAGAGUGAUCCUAGGAACACCUGGGCAAUCUACUGCUUCUACGGCACACACACACACACACACACACACACACACACACACACACACACACACACACACACACACACACACACACACACACACACACACAUACA